GGCUGAUCACCCCCCCCCCCGCAAAAAUUCCCGGAUCCGCCCCUGAGAAGAGAGUAAAACGUUUGUAAGACAAACUUGGUUUGCCUGAUUUUGUUUAGGCUGUGUAUGUGAUGCCUGCAAAUUUUGUUGAGAAUCUGAAUCCCCUGGGUAAAUUUAACCGCUUUUGACAGCUUGUUCAUUGGUCUCUUUCGGGGGUUGUUUAUAGUCUCUUUUUCGAAUCAUGAACUUUACUGGAAAUGCUUAUUUACAAUCAUCACUUGACAUGUUCAUUCCGAUUGGUUACAGGUUGGUUUCUCCAUCCAUUAUUUCAUGCAAUUUGCGCCACCUGCUUCAUCGGUAUGGUGGUAGCACAGUCAGAUUUAGGUGAUCUUGGAGAUUUGGGAGAUCUUGGGGAUAUCUUAGAUGAUUUGGAUCUGGGUGACAUUGUUAUCAUUGGUACGGAGAUGCCCGACCAACCCAUGGAGCAAGAUCAAACUCUGACUUGCUAUGAGUGCGGUGAGGUCAGUGAACUCAGCAGAACUGACCAGUCACGGUCUUGUGCCAUGCCUUCUAAGGCCACAGUCAAUGGGACCGUCUGCGGGGCACCAACCUAUCGCCAUACCAAUCGUUGCGGCUGGAUGGAGGUUACUGUCUCAACUCCCAGAACACAUGAUGAAAUGUUGGAGUUGUACUGGAUCUUCAGAGGGUGUGUUUCUGUCCCUGAUUCGUCGGGUAUCGGUGAUGAUUGCUUCUCUGAUGCUGACCUAGUGGGAACGCUGGACAAACUGGGCAUGUCACUCUCAGAAAUUGUGGGGAGCAGCAGCAACAGUACCAUCACCGGCAAGGGUUGCUUCUGCAACAAAGACUACUGUAACGGAGCAUCGCGCGUCAGAUUCCUGACUCUUAGCGCAGUGUUGGCUAUGGCAGCGUUGGCGUUCGCCAUACUUGAUUAAUGUCGCCAUGACACAACUGUAGCCUUUAUUCGAGUCUGACGUGUCGGUAUACAGCAUCUGAUAUUUGGCUAAUGAACACAGAACCGGGAUUUGUUUCUAACAUUUCUGUUUACCGUGCAUUUGAGGCAGCCGGUAAAUUUAUGUAACAUACAUUUUAUGUUUUGCACGUUUUCAUAGAUGCAUAAAUAGUGAAAUACGCUCAUUUGGUUAUACCGACCAAUGAACGACUUGAAUAAAGUCUGCCAGACAAACAUAAAUCGCUUAUUUCAAACCUUGUCAGAAGACAUGAUAUACACAUAACGUGGUAAUCAUAGUUAUAACGAGGUUAAACAAUAUGCCUCGGAGGACAUUGAUGCACACAUCAAGAAGGCACGACAGUUCUAACA